CUGAGCGAUGGACUCUGAAGCCAGCGGGACGAUGGAGGUGGCGGCACUCGGCCGGCCUUUCAGCCUCGGGAUGUUGUACGACUGCCGCAAAGACUCACUCGUCCCUGGCAUUACGCUGUGGGACCGCAAUGACCUGGAAAAAGAUAAAGGAGAAAGACCAAAACCGAACACUGACUUUGAGAUCGUUGCAUCUGAAUCAAUUGAGGACAAAUCUUCAGCACUAAACGUUGAAGCUUCCCUGAAGGCAAGUUUCUUGAGUGGACUGGUUGAGGUUGAUGGAUCGGCCAAAUACCUGAACGACAGUAAGAUUUCCAAAAAUCAGGCCAGAGUAACUCUGACGUACAAAAGUAACACAAAGGUCCAGGAACUGUCGAUGGAUCACCUUGGAAGAGACAAUAUGAAGCAUCCAUAUGUCUUUGAUAAAGGACUAGCAACACAUGUAGUCACAGCCAUUCUUUAUGGGGCACAAGCCUUCUUUGUCUUUGACCGUGAGGUGUCUAAAAAAGAAGAUCAUCAAGACAUUGAGGGGAACUUGAAGAUGAUGAUCAAGAAGAUUCCCAGCCUUGCUAUAGAGGGUGAAGGUUCCCUGAAACUGGAAGACAAAGACAGAGAAAAUGUUGAGAAAUUCUCCUGCAGAUUCUUUGGAGACUUUGCUCUUGAAAAAAGUCCUGUGUCCUUUCAGGAUGCAGUAGAAGUCUACCAAAGCCUGCCAAGAUUACUGGGAGCCAACGGAGAAAAGGCUGUACCGAUGAAAGUCUGGCUGUUGCCACUGACAAGUUUAGAUUCUUCUGCUGCAAAACUGGUCCGUCAGAUAAGUAUAGGAUUAGUUCAGGAAUCACAGAGAGUCCUGGAGGACUUCAGUGAGCUGGAAAUGAGGUGCAAUGACACAAUGAGAACCACCACCGCACAGCAGUUCCCACAGAUUGGCAAAAAGAUUAAAAGCUUUAAAGAGAUGUGCUCUGAGUUCAAGCUGGGAUUCCAACGAAACUUGGCAAAGAAACUUCCAUCAAUCCGAGGAGGAGGAGAAGAGGAGGCUGUGCUCGCAGAGAUCCUGAAGAAGAGACAUUCUUCUCCUUUCAACACCAAAGACCUGAAUGAGUGGAUGGACUGUAAAGAGAGAGAAGUCUACACCUUAAUGUCUUUAACCAACAUGAUG